CUUCCGCCCGCCCCAACAGCGCGCACGCGGCUACCGAGCUGGAGGAGGCGGCGGGCGCGAGACCGGGAAUGCGCAGGGACCCCGCCUCGCCCUCCCCAGCCCGGGCCGCGGCCCCCGCCUUCCCCGCAGCCGUCCCGCACUCGGUGCCCGCCCCCCGAGGCCGGCGGCUGCUCCCACCCGGGGCCGUUGCUGCUUGUGCCGUGAGCGCCGCCCAGCCAUUGUCCCCGUCGCUCCCUCACUAGCGCCGGGCCGCGCACCAGGAGGCGAGGGCGCGCAUGCGGAGCCUCUGUUGAUGCCGCCGCCGCGCCGCCCUCCGAGGCUGCGUCCCGGGAAGCCCGGCUCCCCGAGUGCUCCGGCCUGGCCCGGUGCCCCGGACCUGAGUGCGUCCCCAUGGAGGCGCCCGGGCUGGCCCAGGCGGCCGCGGCGGAGAGCGACUCCCGCAAGGUGGCGGAGGAGACCCCCGACGGGGCGCCCGCGCUCUGCCCCAGCCCCGAGGCGCGGUCGCCGGAGCCACCUGCGUACAGCCUGCAGGACUUUGACACGCUGGCCACCGUGGGCACUGGGACGUUCGGGCGGGUGCACCUGGUGAAGGAGAAGACAGCCAAGCAUUUCUUCGCCCUCAAGGUGAUGAGUAUUCCCGACGUCAUCCGCCUGAAGCAGGAGCAGCACGUACACAAUGAGAAGUCUGUCCUGAAGGAAGUCAGCCACCCGUUCCUCAUCAGGCUGUUCUGGACGUGGCAUGACGAGCGCUUCCUCUACAUGCUCAUGGAGUACGUGCCGGGCGGCGAGCUCUUCAGCUACCUGCGCAACCGGGGGCGCUUCUCCAGCACCACGGGGCUCUUCUACUCUGCAGAGAUCAUCUGUGCCAUCGAGUACCUGCACUCCAAGGAGAUCGUCUACAGGGACUUGAAGCCGGAGAACAUCCUGCUGGAUCGGGAUGGCCACAUCAAGCUCACGGACUUUGGGUUUGCCAAGAAGCUGGUAGACAGGACUUGGACCCUCUGCGGAACACCUGAGUACCUGGCCCCCGAAGUCAUUCAGAGCAAGGGCCACGGAAGGGCCGUGGACUGGUGGGCCCUCGGCAUCCUGAUAUUCGAGAUGCUCUCAGGGUUUCCUCCGUUUUUUGAUGACAACCCGUUUGGCAUUUAUCAGAAAAUUCUUGCAGGCAAAAUAGAUUUCCCCAGACAUUUGGAUUUCCAUGUAAAAGACCUCAUUAAGAAACUGCUCGUGGUUGACAGAACAAGGCGAUUGGGAAACAUGAAGAACGGGGCGAAUGAUGUGAAACGUCAUCGGUGGUUCCGCUCCGUGGACUGGGAAGCUGUUCCGCAGAGAAAACUGAAGCCUCCCAUUGUGCCCAAGAUAGCUGGCGACGGCGACACUUCCAACUUUGAAACUUACCCUGAGAAUGACUGGGACACAGCCGCGCCCGUGCCGCAGAAGGAUUUAGAAAUCUUCAAGAAUUUCUGAGGACAGGAGCUCACAUCUGGAAGAAACAGGAAGAUUGGAAUCUGCUUGGAACAAAGAACUGCACCUAAGCAGACCAGAAGCAAAAUGUCUUCUUCAUGGCAUAAGGACAUUUCCACUUUUCUCUGUACCUGUGUGUAUAGAAAUAGAUCAGAGCACAGUUGAAAUUCAUGGAACUGGCAUUAUUUAAGCAACUGGAAUUCCACACUGGAGGAAGGUUUUGAACAUUGUUUGGUUGUAGAUUUUAUCUUAUCCUUCAGUGUUGUGUUCCUACUGUGCUGUCUUGGUUUUUGUCAUAGACUUAAGUUUAUAAGUUUGAACUGGACUUGUUCGAUUAUAACCACAAAUUGUGUGUGUGUGUGUGUGUGUGUGUGUGUGUGUGUGUAUGUAUAUAUAGAAGUCAUUAUGGCAGAUGCACAGAAAUUGUGCAGUGAUGUAAAUGUUCAUACUUCACAGAGCCUAUAAUUUUUAUUUUUCAAUUUGUUUUUUCAAAAAUCUCUUCUAGGGGACAACAUCUGAAGGGUAUGUUGCAUGCAUAAAAAAAAAUCAUCUCACAUGCAUUUUAUAGUUUGGGGGAAGAAAAUAUCAUGGGGAGGUCUACCUUCAGUAUCUUUAGUCCUUCCUACCUGGUAACUUGAGACUUUAAAAGAAGAAACAAAGAGAAGAAGAUAUGGGAGCGAAUUUAUUCCAAGAAUCUACAAUGACACUGAAGUUGUUGGAGGAAUGUACUGUAUUUAAAAACACCUUCUGUGACACAUUCAAAAAUUUCAUCUGAGCUGGGUGCAGUGGCUUGUUCCUAUAGUCCCAGCACUUCGGGAGGCUGAGGUGGGCGGAUUGCUUGAGCCCAGGAGUUGGAGACCAGUCUGGGAAACAUGGUGAGACCUCAUCUACAAAAUACAAAAAAAUUAGCCGGGCAUGGUGGCACGUGAAUGUAGUGUCAGCUACUCAGGAGGCUGAGAUGAGAGGAUCACUUGAGCCUGGGGAGGUCCAGGCCACAGUGAUCCGAGAUCACACCACUGCACUCCAGCCUGGGUGACAGAGUGAGACCCUAUCCA